GUUGAUAUCUCGCUGAACGAAGAGUUUCGCGGGCGCGAAAAAAUGUUGCAUGGACACUCGUUGAUAGUUUUGCUGGGAUGGAUGACGCUCAUGUUGCCUUGUUUUGGAUUUAUUACGAAACGUUCAGCCAACGUUUCUCCAGCUUGGAACAUCGUGCCAUCGUUGGAAGCUGAUCAGAAGGCGAUCGUCGAUCGUUCGUCGAGCGAGAAAUCGCAGGUAACAGGUAUCGACAAGAUUUUGCAAACUUCCGACACAAAGAAGACGACGAAGCCUGCGGACCAAACGAUUCCUUGGGACGACACGCGCGAAAAGAAGUUCGAUUUUAUCUUGGAGAACGUCGAUAACGAGACGCCACUCGCGAGGAUCUUCAAGAACCCUGGCACCAAUCCCAUGGAAGAAAAUAUGAUCACCGACGUCGUGCCUCUUAAUCCACGGAACAUCGUUCUGCUUCUAAUUUUCGAGUCGGGACAAGACCAAGAGAACCUUUGGAAGGAUUUCAAGGCGUCCCACUCGUUUCCUGUCGAAGGUCUCAUUCAGAGCUGCCAUAAUAGUGACACAGAAGCGACGCGGUUCUCCUUGGACAGCACGCUGGUUUCCGGAAACAAGGACAAGGAAUGCAAUUGCGAACACUUCCUACGCUCGAACAUCGCUGCUCUGCUGUUUUGGGCUCGCGACAUUAAAGGAAUGACAACAGGUACAUUGUCGAACGUGAAUUUCACGAUGCCAUCCGUGUUCGGUUACGAGGAAUCUGUGGACGUCACUAAAGAACUCGACGAGACCGACGAGAAGCAGAGGCAUUUGAUAGAUUUCGGAAAACCGACGACGAAACACGAUUCGUUGGCGCUUGCACAACAAAAACGAUUCGACGUAAUGGACGAUCCCACGUGGAACGCGUUCGACGUCUUCUCCAGAAUAAGAAUCGCUCUGUUCCGUUCCAUGCUCGAAUCCCUCGGCGGCACUGCAGACGAGACGAUUAUUCCUUCCCGCAGAUCUCAUCCCUUGCCAUCCAAUUUGGGCGACGUAGUUACCGAACUAAAAUCUCUUCCGAACGAGAAGGGUUUCAUUCUGGUCGCCGCAGCGCCAGCGACUGAGUUGAACUCUGCUUUCGAGCUUCUACAACGCGAGCUGUCUCAAGACACUCUUCUGGUGGUGACUGGUACCUGCAAGCAAGAUUCCAAACCGAUACCACUGUUCGCCCAAGGACCAGCCGCGAAGUUACUGUACGAGGCAACGACGAUCUGCGAUCUUCCUACGAUCAUCAAGAACAUCAUGAGAGUUCGUCGCCUGGAUGAUGUUCAGCUUCCAAUUCUUCAUCUGAACGUCCACUCUCAAGAUGGACCCGUUUUCAAGAGAGUGCCGCGAGUCGCGACGGAGCAAUCGGAGCCGGCGAGCGACAGCAAAGCAAACGCAACGGAUUCUAAGACGGAGGAACCCAAGAAAGUCGAAGAUUCGAGUGUCAAGAGGGAAACUAAGCAGGACAAAAUGGAGAACAAAACAUCAGAGGCCACAGGGAAGACGUCAACGUCACAAUCGAACAGAUUUCUCACGAUUUUUGGCACAAUCGCGUCGAUAGUGGUCGCGUUCUCUCUCACCGGUUAAAGACACCUUUAUAUCUCAAUCGAUUUUCACAAUCAGUGAUCAUCCUCGGUCUUCUUCACGUGAAAUCUUCGUUCGAUCGAAAAUACAUUUAAAACCGUAACUUUACAAAUUAAAAAUUUCUGUUUCGAGA